CACACACACUCUCCUCGCACCCUCAUACAAACUCUCCUCCCCCUGUAACCACCCCACACACACACCCUCCGGGCACCCUCUUUCACCCUCCCCCCCCAACAUGCUUUUAGUAUCCUCUCUCCCCAGAUCUUUGUAUCAUCCUCCCCCCUACACUUCCCUUACGGAAGGUUCCUUAAUGUUGAUGAGGGGCUCUUGAUUUAGGGAAUUGGAUCUGUUCUCCAGUUCCCCGAAUUAAGCCCGAAUGCCUUCCACAUCCCCCCUAGGCGCUGUAUAAUCCUACGGGUUUAGCGCUUCCCCCUUGAUUGCAAUAAUAAUAACCCCCCCUACACUACCCGACCCAAGCUAGUGGAACCCUCCCUCCCUUAACCUUGUGGGUAACUGGUAGAUACGUAACAAGACCAUCUGUCACGUGAUCACUACAUGCAGCCAGUUAGAGCCAGUUUGCUAAGCGAUAUAUAGCGAGCGAAUGAAGUCAAAGGCGCUGUUGGCCGGUGCUCUCCAAGACUGCUCUGGCGACAGCCCAGACGUCUUCAAGAGGUACUCAGGGUGUUAUGUUGUCAUCCUGGUAGAGUUGUUGUGUUUCAUAGUAAGAAAAUGAACCUAGCAACUGUGAAAGAUUGCGUAACAAAGGCAGCACAGUAAAUAGCCUCCUAGUAAAAAGAUAAUUUUUUUUAUAUUAUCUUCCAAGGCCUCAAAGUGACAACAGCCAUUGAAAAGUGACUAAACUUGACAAGAAUAGCGGUUAUCUAAUCUCGCAAGACUAGUGAACGCGUGAGAACUUUACGAGUGAGAGAAGGGAUCACUGACUGCACGAAAAGGACAGGUGGGCACCUCGCCAAGAGCAAGCACAACAAAUACACAUCGUUGUAGUGCCCUCUCGACAACCUUAAGAUAAAAAUACUUCAAAGGAGACAAAGAGAGAGACAGACAUGGCUGACUACAGUGUUACCAGCUUGGCUGCUGUGGGCUCGUCACCUGAUGAAUGUAAAGUAUCGUUGGUAGAAGACCCGGUGCUCCAUGCUCAUCCAGGAUCUCCCCUCGAGGCUCCUCUCUUGGUUCCUCUGGACGAUGAGUUCCUCCAGGUUCCAGCGCCUCCCGAGAAGUUCCUGGACAAGACCACCUCAGAAGAGAGCGAAGGUCCGCUGUUAGGUGUAGAGGAGCCGCCGCGCAUGCGCACUCGCCGCCUCGCAAAACAAGUUCUGAUGUUUUUGUGUGUGUCAGUAAGCCAUAUACCACAGUUGGGAAUGACUUUGACAUGGCCAAAUGCCCUGGCCUCGCACAUCCACCACGACAACACUACCAUCUACGGCUCCAGUCUUCAUCUCCACGACUGGCAGAUGGAUAUGAUGGGAUCCCUUUUACCCUAUGAUGAGAGGGGGGGUGAACUGUGGACCACGACACAAGAGUUGGAUAUAGUGUAUCCGACAGUAGUGGGUGAUGCCGAUAUUACGACUGUCAUGAUUGGAGAGUCUUCUCGUUUGCAUGUAUUGGGAGGUUAUGAUGGUAUCAACAGAGAGGCAAUGCCUGUGAGUGGGAAUGAAGUUAAGGGCAUUGGACUAGGGUUAUGGGACAAGGUAUGA